GCGGCGCUGCCCAGUCUGGCUCCGGCACCGCCCGUCGCGGACGCUAACUUGCCGCCGCCGCCGCCGCCGCCGCCGUCUCAGCUCCGCCGCCGCGCCCGGGCCCCCUGCCCGCAGCCAUGAGCGCUCUCCGCCCGGGUAGAGCCUGCCGCCCUCUAGAUUAGUUCCUGCCGCCGCCCCUGGACCCGCCUGCACCAUGGAGUCGCCCGCCUCCAGUCAGCCCGCCAGCAUGCCCCAGACCAAAGGGAAAUCCAAAAGGAAGAAGGAUAUACGGAUAUCCUUCGUGUCCAAGCCGCCCGUACCCAACCCCACACCCCCCCGGAACCUUGACUCCCGGACCUUCAUCACCAUCGGAGACAGGAACUUUGAGGUGGAGGCUGAUGACCUGGUGACCAUCUCGGAGCUGGGCCGUGGGGCCUACGGGGUGGUGGAGAAGGUGCGGCAUAACCAGAGCGACACCAUCAUGGCCGUUAAGCGGAUCCGGGCCACCGUGAACUCACAGGAGCAGAAGCGUCUGCUCAUGGACUUGGACAUCAACAUGCGCACGGUCGACUGCUUCUACACCGUCACCUUCUAUGGGGCCCUGUUCAGAGAGGGAGAUGUGUGGAUCUGCAUGGAGCUCAUGGACACGUCCCUGGACAAGUUCUACCGGAAGGUGCUCGAUAAAAACAUGACCAUUCCGGAGGACAUCCUGGGGGAAAUUGCUGUGUCUCCUUGUCUUUUCUCUUCCUGCUCUGAACGCCAGAUCGUGAGGGCGCUGGAGCAUCUGCACAGCAAGCUGUCCGUGAUCCACAGAGACGUGAAGCCGUCCAAUGUCCUCAUCAACAAGGAGGGUCACGUGAAGAUGUGCGACUUUGGGAUUAGUGGCUACUUGGUGGAUUCUGUGGCCAAAACGCUGGACGCUGGCUGCAAACCCUACAUGGCUCCCGAGAGGAUCAACCCGGAGCUGAACCAGAAGGGCUACAAUGUCAAGUCUGAUGUCUGGAGCCUCGGCAUCACCAUGAUCGAGAUGGCCAUCCUCCGCUUUCCGUACGAAUCCUGGGGGACUCCGUUCCAGCAGCUGAAGCAGGUGGUGGAAGAGCCGUCUCCCCAGCUCCCAGCUGACCGUUUCUCUCCUGAGUUUGUGGACUUCACUGCGCAGUGCCUGAGGAAGAACCCUGCGGAGCGCAUGAGCUACUUGGAGCUGAUGGAGCACCCAUUCUUCACGUUGCACAAAACGAAGAAGACGGACAUUGCGGCCUUUGUGAAGGAGAUCCUGGGGGAGGACUCCUAGGGGGCGGGCCGUGGGCUCCUCUCUGGCCCUCCAGCGCCCCACACCCCCUCUGCUGGGGCAGUGCUUGCCCACACGCAUAAGCUGCUGCCACCGCAGCCUUGGGUGUUGGGCGAAGAAUCAAGGGGGCUGCUCCUGACUGGCUUGCAGCAGGCGUUGGUCCCAAGUGCCAAAGAACCAGACCAGCGGGGCCCCCAGCCAGGCCAUGUGGGCCCCACCGGUGCCUCUGCCCAUGCUGCUGCAAGGACCCCAGGUCUCCAGCCCCUGAGAUCCUGGACUUUGGCGGGCCCGGAUGGCCUCCACGGGACCCUGCUGCCCCUCGCAGAGAAGACAGCCAGUGCCUGAGUGCGGGACACUGCCUGGGCCCAGCCCUGGAUGCCACCCAAGUUGUAUAUUUUUUUUUUUAUCUCUUGACUGAAUAGACUUUGCACACUUCGGCCUAGGGUGGCCACACUUUUGUCCUGGCAUCCAUGUCGGGGGACACAGUCGGGGGGUGAGCCGUGUGAAUCCCCCUGAGCCCCACGAGUAAGACGACGGAGCCGCCCGAGCCUUCCCCCCAGCACUGGCAAAGAGGGCCUCUAAGGGCACCCCGUCCACUGCCUCGGGAGCGGGGGUGCUUUCACUUUUUUUUUUUAAUUUAUCCUCUUGAUUUUUUUUUUUUUUUUUUAUUGCUUUGUGGGUUUGGCUGUUUUUUUUCUUGCAUGGUGUGGAGCCGAUCACUUUUCUCCCACCCCCUAGAGACCAGCAGGUGGAGACCCACCUAUCUGCUCAGUCUGGGGUCUCAGGGGAUGGGCCCAAGGUCUCUGCUCAGAGAGGUGCUAGGGGAGCUGUCUAACUCACUCUCCUUGGGGACCGGCUCAACAGGGGCUGUGGAUUUGCUUUUGGUAUUGUUUAAAAAAAAAAGAAAAAGAAAAUAUAUUUUUUUGAAGAAAGGACUGCCCAGGGUCUUAUCCCUGUUGGGUUGGGGCAGUUACCUGAUUGUUGUUUUAAUUUAAAAAAAAUAAGAAAAAGUGGAACAAA